CCCAAAUUGAUUCUAGAAACUUCAAGCUCCAACGUCAUAGUCUGCUCGCUGUUGCGAAUUAUCCAACUGAUCAGCUACCGCAAUUUCAAAGCAUAUUAUUCCAUCAUGAACGACUCACGUCGCUCCAGGCGGCCCGACAGCCGUCAGAUGUGGGAUGAUUCAGACCGUCGCGACAGAAACCCUCCCCGAGACCGCGAGCGCGAGCGCGGCUGGGACAAUCGAGACCGAGAGAGAGAUCGUGGCCGAGGCAGAGGCUACCGGUCGCGGUCUCUGGAACGACGUGAUAAUCAGAGAGAUCGCUCAAUGUCACCGGAUAAGCACCGACGAGAUCGUGGGGGAGACAGAAAUCGAGGUGGCCGAGACCGUCGCCCAGGACGAGAUGGAGAUAGACGGGAUAGCCCACGUCGGCAGGACGAUUGGGAUGAUCGCGAUGACAAACGAUCAGCAAAACAUCGCGAUGACCGCCGCCGCUCACCAUCCCCUUCCCUCUCCGCCCUGCCUACCCGCCCCCAUCCAGAAAACACCUCCCGCAAAUCCCAGCCCAACAUCAAAGUCAAAUCCGACAAGCGCAGCCCCUCACCCCCUCGUCGCGACCGCAGCAGCAGACGAGAUGCAUCUCCCUCGCCGGUGAGAAUGGAGCAGGACGAGUACGACGACGACAUCGAGGUCGAGGGCCAGGACGAUGACGACGUGGCCGCCAUGCAGGCCAUGAUGGGCUUCGGCGGCUUCGGGACCACAAAGGGGAAAAAGGUCGCGGGCAACAACGCCGGCGGCGUGCGCAAGGAGAAGAAGUCGGAGUAUCGGCAGUACAUGAAUCGGCAGGGAGGAUUCAACAGGCCUCUAAGCCCGUCGCGAUAAAGAGGCGUCUUCUCCUAUAUGGGAAAAAAGAGGGCGCUUUUGGAGGAUGGAAUAUAUCGGAUUAUCAAAGGUUUAUUUUUUUUUUUACCAUUUUCUUAUGUAACGAUAUCCAUGAUGGCAUAGCACUUGGGGUCUUUUUUUUCU